CGGUGUGCUGCUGCGCUCACUGCACAUUUGUGUGCAACUCGCGACGAACCUUGCCUGCACCGCCUCGCGAGAGGCUCGAGAGAUGAUUAGGUUUCUCGUUUUGCUAUAAAUAUCAGGCGCUUUUAGUAAACAAUUUUAAUGAUUAGCACGUGAUAUCAGUAUGCGUGUGAUGUAAUUCCAUAACGAUUCUUUUACCGCGUCGCACAACCAGUUAAAUGCUCGAAUCGACAGAUAUUGCAAUUAGAAAGAGUUGGCAUCGAGCUUUUUCAAUUCUUUUUCGAGCUUUAAUGGAUAAUUUCUAAUUUUUAAAAAUGCCCAAACGAAUAAAUCGAUUGUUCUACCCCCGCAAUAAUGAAAUUAUCAUCGAAACUCGUGCGUGAUAGGUGAGAAAAAAUUAUUAGACAUCCCACGCCUAGAAAAAUUAAAUAUUGAGCGAAAUGCCAGCGAGAAUUAUAACUCUCCAACGCGAGACUUCAAGGAUAAGUUGUAAAUUAUCCAUAUACGCAUACGCGAAACGUUGUAGGUAUGUUUAUUUUCGUAGUUCCAAGUCUGGACGUCGCCGUGAGUCGAGUUGAAAUUGGCGCUGCUCGACAGCCAGUCUGUUUUGCAGUACGCAAAUCCCCAACUAUACACACUACCCCCGCACCUCCCCUCCCCGUCCCGUCCUCGAGACUCGACAGGCCGCACUGGCGGCGUUUGGCGCAGCAUUGAAGCGAACCACCCGACACCACCGCGCAUAUUCAGCAAAAGUUCGCGAAGAUGAUUCGCAGGAGGGGAGGAGAGUCCAACGUUAGACCUUCGGGGAAUUGAUUUUAACAAUCACCUAAGAACUUUUUGAACUUUCAAUUAUGAAUGUUAUUCAUUGUGCUGCAUCUCAUAGAACCACCGCUAUGGCAUCAAAAAAAAUGAUAUACCCAGCGGCUGAUCGCAAUAAAGAGCCUAUCUUAUCCGUUCUGCAGCGCUACAUCCGACGUGUUCCGGACCAAAGUCUCCUGGAAAUAUCGUCCGGUUCUGGUCAGCAUGUCGCUCAUUUUGCGCCGCACUUUCCUCAAGUUACCUUCUAUCCAUCAGAAAUCGAAAACCAUCUCUUGGAAAGUAUUGCAGCACAUACUUAUGGUCUCAUGAAUGUAGCACAACCCAUGCUUAUCGAUAUCACAACGGAUUAUCGAACCUGGAGCGCUGGAUUCAAGGAAAACAGUCUGGAUUACAUUUACAAUGCCAACAUGAUACAUAUAUCGCCCUUCAAAUGUACGGAGGGUCUGUUUCGAAAUGCUGGCCAAUUGUUGAAAAAUAACGGUAUCCUUUUCACUUACGGUCCUUACGCUAUCAAUGGUGUAUUGACGCCCGAGAGUAAUGUUCGGUUCGAUCAAAAUUUAAAAUCUCAGAACCCUGAAUGGGGUGUCAGAGAUCUGGAGGAUAUAAAAAAAUUGGCUCUCAAUAAUGGCAUACAGCUGAAACAAAUGAUCGAUAUGCCAGCCAACAACAAAACACUCAUCUGGCAGAAAGUUGGAUAUUAAAACCAGAACAAUAGUUAGAUUAUAUUUUUAUAAUUUUUAACUUCGUUUGCACGUUUAUUGUGCUUUUGCGUUUACAUCACAAUGGCUUCCGCUUUUACAAUUGCAAUUAUUCAGUUAGUUUAAGGCAUUUUUGCUUUUUUUUUUUUUUAUUAAUUGAACUGAGGAAAAAUGUAUUUUUAGUAUGUUUGUUGAAGUUAUGAAUAUUUAUGUGUGUGUACGUAGAUCUUUAUGCAUAAUAUUUAAUCAAAGUUUAUGAAGUACUUAAUCUUAAAUAGAUGCGACUUGUAUUCAUUCCUUGAAAUGAUAGUUCACUGAUACAUCUAAAAUAUAAAUUUCAACUUGAAAAAUUUCAUCAAAAUUACUUGAUUCGAACAUGUAAAGUAUUUCAACGUGGAUAUGUUAUUUGAAAACUACAUGCAUGUCUAUAAUGAAUAAUAAUGAACCGACGAUAAAAGUAAAUAUGUUUAAAUGUAUGUCAAAAAGUUCAAGUGUGCUCAAAUAUUUCGCUUGAAUUAUCAUUAGAAGCAAUAGUCAGCGUUAUUAUAAUUAAUAUUGCCAUUUUAAAUUUUAGUAAUUUCCUUGUAGUUCCGAUACCGCUGCGAUAUUUGCUAUAAUGCUCAGCUACAUCGACCGCGGAAAAAUGACGUUUCUGCUGUGAUUAACUGAGCAAUAUGCACUUGUCCGUUCUACACAGCGCGUGCACGCAGCACUUGUACCUGUAGUCGUUGUCACGCCCGUCCAGUAAAUUUGUAAAUAUACACACGGGUCUAUUUAAAUUCAAGUUGAGUGAUUUAGGUUCGUUUGUAUUAAAUAUUUAAUUAAUAAAUGUGCAAUCUUACUCUAUUCUCGUGUUAAAACUUAAUUUUUUUAAGAGUACUUGUUGAAUAAAUGCUUUAAUUGUUCGCUUUAUAAAACAUAACCUUGCAUCGCUUGAUGAUGAAGUGCUAAAUUAUCGAGAGCUUUAAAUAAAAAUCAAUUUUAAAA